AUGCCGGUGUCUGCUUCCUAUCGCUGGAGUCCUUUUUGCGUUGAUGGUGUCACAACAGUUGCUGUAAAAACUUUGAAGGAAAAUGCAGCUGAAGUUGAGAAGAAGGACCUAUUAUCCGAACUUGAGGUAAUGAAAUCACUGGAUCCACACGUAAAUGUUGUACGAUUUCUGGGUUGUUGUACAGAUAAGGAUCCAAUAUUUGUGAUAAUUGAAUAUGUGAAUCGCGGCAAACUACAAACUUAUUUACGAAACUCAAGAGCCGAGAGACAUUACGGCAACACACACGGAAAAUCGAAUAUCCUGACGUCAGGCGAUUUAACAUCAUUUAUGUAUCAGGUUGCUAAGGGUAUGGAUUAUCUAACGUCGCGAGGGAUCAUUCACCGGGACUUAGCAGCACGGAACAUUCUCAUUACCGAUGAUCACACCUGCAAAGUGGCGGAUUUCGGAUUUGCACGUGAUGUUGUUACAUCCAAAAUUUACGAACGCAAAAGCGAAGGAAAAUUACCCAUAAGAUGGAUGGCAACGGAGUCUCUUUAUGAUAACAUAUUUUCUGUUAAAUCGGACAUUUGGAGCUUCGGCAUACUAAUGUGGGAAAUUGUAACACUUGGCUCAACACCAUAUCCAGGCAUAUCAGCUGCAGAUGUUAUGCGAAAAGUACGUGAUGGUUAUCGGCUAGAAAAGCCUGAACAUUGUCGCAGGGAACUGUAUAACAUCAUGUAUUAUUGCUGGUCCAGCGAUUCUAAUGAGAGGCCAACUUUCUUGGAGGUUGUUCAGAUGCUCGAUAAAUUGUUACACACCGAAAUGGAUUACAUUGAAUUGGAACGUUUUCCCGAUCACAAUUAUUAUAAUAUCGUUAACUUAAGUGGUGAAAAAUUAUAA